AUCAGAGCACUCCGUACCGUACCUUACAUCGGUGCCGCUUGCAAGGCACCGGGCGUCACUGCUGACUCAUCGCGCCUCCCUGCUCAAGAGCCCAGCUGGGGCAGCCUGAUCGUCAGAGGCAGGUGUGGGAGUGGGUCCAUCACCGUCACUUGUAGCCUGCCGAAAACGAUCAGUUUUCCUCCUUCCUCCUUCAUCCCAACCAGCCUCAGCUCUAUUUUGACUUAAACCAACCCCUCUGCUGCUCACUUCACCGACAUUAGGGGAAGCUUCCUAUUUGCCAGACUCAAGUGAUUGAGCUCAUUGUCUCUCGUUCAAUCUCCAUUCAUUAGGGCCCCUCCCACAGCUUUCUGCACCCUGCCCCUCUGCUGGGUUCCUUAAAGGCCCAGGGACCACGACGGUCCUCGCCUCCAGCCGUCUUUCUUUGACCAACCUCACGCAGCCCUCUCCUUUCGGUUUCGGGCACCAUCACUGCCCACAGCACUCCCCGACCAACACGAACCUGACGAGGUACCUCGCGCGACCGACCCCUUACAUUUCUUGCGCUUCGCACGACCAAAUUUGCCCAUCACCGCCGUCAUCAUGUCACCACCAACAGGCCCUCGAGGCGGAAACGCCAGCUCUACCCGACAGACCCGGUCGUCGACUGCCCCAAAUCGCACGUCCCGAGGUGGAAUUGCGCGCCGCGGUCGAGGGUCUGGUCCACGAGGUGAUCGCGAUGGAGACGUCGACAUGGAUUCCGGCAGCAAGCCCAGUAAGUCUGGCGGCGGAAUUAGCAAGUCCUCGAGCUCGUCGACGCGUCGCGGCAACAACAGGUCGUCCGGAGCGCCCAAAUCAAAUACGAGACUGCAGCAGAACCUUGCCAAACACCUCGACGCGGAUCCAACAAGCCUCAAGAAGGCACCCAACGCAGCCAAGCUGGCAGCGAACAACACAACACUUAUCGUGGUGGGCUUGAAGUCGAGCAAGGCUGUCGCCAACCCCGAUGGAGGAAUGAAGAGUCUCUUGCAGUUCCUGGAGAGAAAGGCAACACAAUUGAAGGGAGCUGGCCGUCCAGUCACGAUUAAGAAGUCGCUUGCCAAGGGUGACUCGGUCUACAUACUGGCCAGCAAUCAAGACGCCGAGGAAAUCACAAAGGUCAACAAUUUCACGUUCGCUGGAGCUCCAUUGACCAUCACUAAGAGUGAGGAGGGUUGGCCACGGACGGAUCAAACAGAUGCCGCGACACUGUCGAGCAAGGCGCAACAGGACAAGAUGAUCUUGACCACUGUCUUGGAGCGCCGAUAUGAUGUGAACAUGAAACUCCUCAACCUGUCAGCUCUCGGUCAAGACCCGGUCCUCACCGAUAUGGGACUGUUCCAGGCAAAGGAUACCGCCGAAAAGACAUUCAAGGUGCUCAUGGUCAUCUGCCAGGACCUCUUCAAGACUCCGGAAGCGAAGCGCCAAGCGAUCGAAAGCGUGUCUCUCGCCAGCAACAGCCUCGACUACGUUGGCCCAGUCUUUGAUCUUGCCGAAACCUUUCCUGAUCUCCUGCACCUCGACCUCAGCAGCAACAACUUCACAUCCAUGAAACAACUGAACCGGUGGCGCGGUCGCUUCAAGCGUCUUCAGACCUUGGUCCUGGAAAACAACCCCAUCAUCCAGGUCGAGCCGAAUUACACCAAGGAGGUGAUGGAGUGGUUCCCAAAGCUGCAGAACUUGAACAACAAUGUGGUCAGGACCGCUGAGCAAGUCGCCGCGCAGGAAGAAAAGGCCAAAGCGAGUCUUAUUCCGCAACGAGGCACCGACUUUCGCGACGUUGCCGGGCUCGGUGAGAAUUUCAUUCGGGAAUUUUUCCCACUGUACGACACAAACCGCGACGCCCUCCUAUCGACGUACUAUGACGAGCACAGCACUUUCACGUUGUCUGUAGACACAGGGGGACCACGUGACACCAAUGUUCCUGUUCUGCCUUGGGCGCCCUACCUCACUUUUUCCCGCAACCAUCAACGGAUCACGACAGAGACGGGUCGAUUCCAACGCUACAUGAAAGGUCUUCACAUCCAAGAGAUCUGGAAGAAGCUACCAGCGACGAAUCACCCCGAUCUAGCAACGAACCUGGAGAAGUACAUCAUCGACUGUCAUCCCAUGAAAGGUCUGCAUGAUCCCGUCAAUCACAAGGCCGAAGGCGAAGAUGGAAUGAUCAUCACCAUGCACGGGGAAUUCGAGGAGCUCGAGGCGGCGAGUGGGAAGACGGGCAAACGCAGCUUCUCGCGCACUUUUGUGAUUGGUCCUGGACUGCCUGGCCGCAACCCGAUCCGUGUAAACAGCGACAUGCUGUCGAUAACACCCUGGAACGCUGUUCCGUUAGUCAACGUGGCUGCACAGGGUCCGUCUCCCGAGGAACAACAGCAGCUGAUGGUGGUUGAGCUGUCAAAACGCACAAACAUGGUUCCUGAGUUCUCGAAGAUGUGUCUCGAGACGGCCGAGUGGAACUUUGACCAAGCGCUGCUUGUCUUUGAGGAGAAGAGGGUAAGUACAAUCACCUUGGAUCCACAAUACUUUCCAAGGCAGCGACUAACAUAUCGGUAGUCGGUUCUCCCAGCAAACGCCUUUAUCUCUUGAGCCGCUCUCGUAGAUGGUGGAUGCUCUCAGUUUCCUCAGGCAAACCCUUUACCCGCACGGGCGAUGGGUGUUCACACAAGACUCCAAUCGAUAACCACCAAGGUCCCACUUCGAGCAUAGCAGGAUUUGCAGAGGCACUGUGGAUAUUGGGAUGGGAGGGGAUGAGCUAAGAGCAGUUUGAUGUUAGGCCUCGGAAGAAACGGCAUGAAUGUUGGCUGUACGGAGUAGCAUCAGCGAAGGCUGGAAGGCGUUACUGGCUUAAUUUUUGAGCACCGCUCCAAGCGCUGCGUUGAAUUGAAAGGGACUAAGCAGCAUUGAUCAGGUGACCCUGGAGGGCUACGAAAGAAGAUCGGUAUCAUGGAGACAUGUGGUCGAUAGAUUGACGAGAGAUGGACCCAGACCCAGGUCUCCGCAGCAGCGGUGGUUUCACGAGACAAAAUAAUGGAACACUAAAUGAGGCAAGCCUCCAAACCACACAAUUGUUUUCUCCAGUUCGCAAGUGAAAUGAAGGUGUAUGCAAGUUGAUGACGAGUGAGGCAAUUGACCCAAUAGCGUCGGCGAGCGUGUGGGCGCCGCAAUAUCACAAGCCGCGCGCGUUGCACCGUGGGGGUCUCACGAGCGCACAACAGGCACAUGGCCCAUUCUCGUGCAGCGGCGGCAGCGGGGAUUUGAGAGAGAGAGAGAGACAGACAGAGACAAGGUCUGUCACAGUAUGCCGUGUUCGCAGCACGGG